CCCAGGUUAGUGGAAAGUUAAGCAAGGUAUAUAGGCCACCUACUGUGCAGCAUUAGCCAAUUGAGCUCUUCGGAGCCUUUUUGUACGAUAAACAGAAGAGAUGGGACUUCCAAACUUUCCCAGUGCAGCUGAUGGUGUGUUGCCUGUGCUGGUGAUGAACACAGUUCUUUCGGUGGCCCUGUUGAAGAACGUGUUGAGCUGGGUGCUUCAUGUCACGGGGGCCACUCAAAGUCGCCCACCUUUAGAAGAAGAUGAGACAAAUGGAGGGCACUCACAAAUUUCAGAGAAAGAGAGUGAAAGGAGAAUCUCCAUUACCCUCUUCAAGUCCUUGUGUGACAAUAGGUUCCAUGCCACUGGUAGUAAUAGCGGUGAGAGUAAUAGAAGGGGUGGUGGUAGGGUUGGUUGUUCUUCCACGGAGUGCUGCGUAUGCUUGUAUGGAUUUGAAGAGAACGAGGAAGUUUGUGAGUUGUCCUGCAAGCAUUUCUUUCACAAGGGCUGUUUGGAAACGUGGUUCGAUCACAAGCACAGAACUUGCCCUCUUUGUAGAUCUACCAUGUAGUGACAGUAACAGAGGAAGUAUCAACCCUUCUUUUUUUUUCCUGCUUUUUCUUGUUCUAUCUCCUUUCUUUGGUUGUUCUCUGAGCAGAUAAUAAAGGGAUUCUGUCUACAA